GAAGCAGUGAGUUGAAGUGAGAAGUCUGUCUCAAGACAAACACCUGCUGUCUUACCAAGUGGUCUGUGUACCUGUGGGUAUAGUUUGUACGGUGGUUGUCUGAGCCACAUUCCCUCACAAGCAAUGAGAUACACAUAGGAUCUAAAUGUAACUCUGUACUACAGGAUGGCAGUCAAUGAAGGGCUGUGAGUGGGAGGGCUCUCUAUGAGAGCUGCUGGCCGUAACGAGUCUGGACGGUGAAGGUGGGCUGCAUUGGUGAACGAGUGAGAAACUAUUCAACAUUGGUCGUGGAAGAGGAGUGUUCUCCCAGAAGUGAGAAAGGGGCUGUCGUGUCCAAGUGAGUUGUCCUUAAGCAGAAAUUCAGACCAUUCUGCAGAGAGGAGAGCGAAUGUGGACUUAGUUCAGACAGAUACCCAAGAAUAUGAACCUUACAAGAAAUUACAAUUCUCCAUAUUCCUGUAUGCAGCUGUGUGACUUCUAGUGUUUCGACUAUACGAAAAAACUGGAGGAGAAGAAGUCUAAAUUGGCCAUUUCUACAGAAGGUUAAAUUGUACUUAGAUUGCCAGCAGGGGCUGCCAAUAUUGCAUCCCUUACAAGUGAAUCAGUUUGUCACAGGAUAAUAUUCUGUACAUAGUUUGAAAUAAUGAUGCAUUUGUUCUUGACGGCCAUUCCCUAGAGUUGUCAGCACUUGCUGGGGCAUGAUGGAACCCUUGUCUUUCUGACUCUCACCAUGACAGUGAUAGUAAGGCAUAGCAGGCUCAGGGUGUAGGCACCAUGCUGGCUAUGCUUACAGAGAGACUUCAGAAUCAACGACUAGAUGAUAUCCAUGCCAAGACCACCAGGUCCAACAUUGAACUGAUAACUGCACAGGGAAUAAAUUUCACCGGGACAAAGACAGCUGCAAAGAGCCCAGAUUCAAGUAAGAAGCUGUGGUUCUCUUCACAUGAUGGGAAGAAGCGCUGUGUGAACAGGUACCAUGGGGGUUCAGAGGGCAAAGGUCCAGGGUCAGGGUAUGGCUCCUUGGGGCAGCCCAUACUGUGUUAUCAUAGAAGACCGGUGCAGACCUGUGCCACGUGCUCAGCCCAGAGUUCCUCAGCUACCCCACCCAAGAAGAAACACUGCCGCUCUCUGUCCAUCCCAGCAGACACUGCUACGGGUGGCAUUUGGAGGCCCCAGGGAUCUAAGCUCUGGAAGCCCAUUGCGGUGUGUCCAGUGGUCCUCCACCCAAAACAGCACAAAACCAAGCCAUAUUCACCAAACCUCGGACGGGACUUGAGGGCCAACAUAAACAGUAAUAACUUGGGGCGUGCCACCCCUCAAGACAUGGGUUACAUCACCCCAUGUGACCUGGCCACGCCUCCUGAGUCUCCCAUCCCCCGCCCUGCCUCCGCCUCUAGUGGCUAUUGUGAUGGCUCCUUCAGCCCCAUCGGCGCUCCUUGGCUGGACUGUAGCCCUUCGCGUAGCUACAAAUCAGACUCAUUCAAGAAACGCAGUGUUUCUUUGGAGGACAGAAUCUCUGGCAGCACAACCCUGGCGUCUGUGCUGAGCUGCAUACACUCCACCCCAUCCUCGCCAUGUCACCACCGCAUCCCGCGCUGCCGCUCACAACCGUGUGUGCUCCAUGACAGAAAGUGUGGGCUCAAGCGCAGGAGGGAUUACGACAGACCUACCUUGGAUCUUCACAAAAUGGCAGAGACGGCCUACCCACCUGAGCCAGCCCAUCACCUUGCACCUCCAACCACGCGCUUUACAGAUUAUAAGUCCAUGAACACAGCAUUCCGGCCAUCCAGGUUUCGCGAAGAACUCCAGUCCGCCAUCAGCCUGGUGCCCAUUGCAAGCUCACCUCUUGAUACAGACAUCCCCAUCAAGGCCAUGGAGUCUCCCAAGGCUAGCCCGAUCAAGGAGAUGGGGCGGUUUUCUCGCCUGGCCCUGUCUGAGGACAGUGGUUGUAGUGAGGUGGACGAGAUAGAAGAGUGUGUGGAGGAGUGCCCUUGCUCCGAUUCACCUGCUGGGGAAUGUGCUGCAAACACUGACCUGUUCCCCAUAGCUGACCUGGAUGUAGAGGAGAUAGAAAGUCAUUAGAUGCCAUAACCUAGACUCAACCUGCCGUAUCUCACUCUUUUAAAUACUCAGGUCUCAGUCUGAUCUUUGGUGUGAUGUUUGAUGUUAGGUUCAGUUACAUGAUUAAGGACCUACAGUUCUUGGGUUCUAGGUCUGCCUCUGAUCAUUGACAUGAUGCCUGAUCCUGGAGUAAGUUUCUAAAUGGUGUGAUCAGUUGUUUGAUUACAGAGCCUGUUGGUGUAUUCUCUGGCGGCUUUGCAUGGAUUCUCUGUCUCAUCUUGGAGUCUGUUGCCUAAUCUUGGGCCUGUUGCAUGAUCUUGGGUCUGUUGCCAGAGCCUUGGUCUAAGUCCUGUUGCAUGAUCUUGGGUCUGUUGAUGUGUCCUUGUUCUGUUUGUCUCAACCUAGGUCUAAGGCAUGUUGCCUGAUCUUGGGUCUGUUGUUGGAUCCAUAGCCUAUGGUCCAUUGUCUGAUCUCAAUUCUUCUCUGAUCUGUUUAGUCUUAGGUCUUGCACUGAUCUCAUAAACGUGGACCACUAUUGCUUUAAAUGCCUGAUCUCUUUCAUGGCCAGUUGAUUAAGUGGUUUCUCCCAUGCCCUGUCUCAAGUGUAAUCAUGGCAUUGUUUCAGCUCUCCAUUCUCCUCAUCCUUAUGCCUCAGUUUGGUCCAAUAGUUGAGCACUUCGCUCUCCUAGUUUGUCACAGGAAACAUUAGAUAUAAUAUUGGAUGUAUAAUUAAGUACUGGUAUGAUGUCCUUCUUUGUGGAUGGAACUGAGGUAGGGUAGGGUUGCAUGCGUGAGUACAAUUGUGUACAGAUAUUUCUUGUCAGUUCAGUUGUUGAAAACAGUUUGAUUAUGGAUAGGUAGAGCAAAGCCUUUGGUUUGGAGCCAUUGUGUAAUGCUGCGCCACAUGUUCCUGUAGCCUACUUCAAGGGCAGAUAUUUACAUUAACCAAAGUGUGAUUGUCUCUGGCAUCAUCAACUGUGCAUGGUGUAACGCUUUGCUCCAGGCAAAAUGUUGUCACUCCAGUCACAUUAUGAACGGAAGAACAAAGAAUGACGUCUACCUAGAUAAGGGAUGCUGUAAGAUUUGACAUAUAGGUUAGGCGUUACUGUAAUUCUCAACAGCAGUUAAUACAUUAUGGAGAGUUUGUACAUUGGAUUGUAACCAGACAUCAAACAUGCCAAGAUCAUCAUCCAGGGUUACCUCCCCUUCUGUCCAGUCUUGAGGUAAAUUUACCCUGGUUGAUCCAAACAAAAACUUAACCUUCUUUUCUGUUGGGGAAAGAAAUUUAAACUUCCUUCAAGUAGAAUAAUAGCUCUACUUGUUAUUGGUUAGUGUCUGCUAUCUUUGUAUGAAUUGUGACCAUUACAUCACCACAAGUGUGUGUUUUUCUGUUGAAAGUCACCACAGGAGAAAACUAGUUUAAAGGUGAAAGCACUGUGGUUUUUAGGGCAUGGAAUCUGUGAUUAACAUGUAAAUGUCUUGCCGUUACCCGUAAAACAUUUUCCUUGAUAAAAAGGCAGAAAAACUUCAUAGAGGCAGCCAUCUGAUGGCCAGGAAGGGUUUAUACCAUGGCCAGUUAUCAAGUUUCUGGAGUUUAAUGAUAAGCCAGAAUCUUAUUUCCUACACAGAAGUGUAAUAUGUAAUGAGGCAGACGGGAGGUAACCACAUGUAUGGGAUGGACUCUGCACAAAGUAAUAUUCAUCUGUGUGAAUUUGUCGAUCUUACACCAAACCUUCUGUGAUAUCCCAUAUAUAGACCUCGUGGAUGCAUUGAAACGUGGCCACUUUGUGCAAACCAAUCUUGUUUUCAAUAAAACCUCUGUUCCAUAUAUAUUAUCCUAUAUAACACUUUAGAGCGUGUACAUGUACAUAUUUUAAGAUCCUAUGAACAAUGAAACUGAGUUGACUUGAUAUUCACUGUAAUGAUUUUGCACAAGUUAUAUCACCUUGCCAAAAAUAAUGCAUUUAGUGUGCUCAGUUCAUGCCCCCUGUUUCUUUGUACAUAUCAGAUUGUCUUGUGCAGAAUUAUCGUUAUUGAUGCUAAAAAAGAAAAAGGAAAAAAAAAAAAACAAAAAAC